AUGGUUCGACUCCGGAGAGGAAGCCUGAGGAACGGCUGCUACAUCGAAAGAAGGCAGCAGGCACUCAAGUUACCCAAUUUCCGAAUGAAGAGAACUCGAAUCACGAGGAAGUGGACAGCGGCAGGCGUCGACGAAGAAGUUCAGGCGUUGAAAGUACAUCAAUUUCUACCUCCUCAAGGGAGUCGGUUCCUCCUAAGAGACGAAGACGCGUCUCUUCCAGGUGAGACGUUUUCAGACUUUAAAGAUUAUCAGCCGAAUUCUGUUUUAAGUUAAUU